CCUCGUCGCUCGGACGCUUCCUUCCCUCUUCACCCUUAUCCCAUCACUCCCCGGGGCCAACUGCCGCUGCCCGGUUCCGCUUCUCUCUGGGAUGCCCAGUUUUAUGUCUUGGUUUGACUCGUCCACUCCUGAGGCGGGCAAGCCCCUCGACGACUCGGCCGCUGGCCUGCUUGGUCGUCUCCUCAGCCUCGAGGAAGUCCGCUACAUCCACGAAGUCGAAAGGGAUGCCCGCUUUCUGCAGCAGUACGAGGCCACCCGCGCUUCGCUCGGCAGAAUCGAGGGUCUCCUCACCGAGUUCGUCCAGGCCGCCAGGGCUCGUCCAGCCACCGGCCCUAUCGUCGACUCCUUCCCCGCCCCGGUCGGUAUCCCAGUUGCCCCUGUCGUUGCAACCCAGAGUCGAGACAUUGGUUCCCAGCAAGCCGAGUCAGUGGAGCCUCCCGUUGCCGACGAAGCUCACGACUCCCAGCCGAAAGGUGUCGAGCCUGCCGCUCCGGUCGCCCAGCCUCCUACCAAGACCGAUGCCGAUGCCGACGACCACGACCACGACGCCGCCGAUCCGGCCCAACCGCCUCGUGACAAGGUCUUCAUCAGCUACUGCUGGAAGAACAGCAAGGCCCAGGUGGAAAAGGAUGUCCAGGAGACCCGAGGCUCCGAGCAGUUGAUCAAGCUGGCUGGAUUAUUCGAUCCCAGAGACCUUGCACGCGAUAUCACGAGCACGGGCAAGUACCGUGCCUGGCUCGACAUCAACGAACUGGGCAUCGGUCGCCAGGGCGAGCUGUUCGAAAACCUCGCUCACGCCUUGGUCAAUGAAGCUGCCAUCGUCGUUGCCCACAUUUCAGAUGAAUACGCCGCCAGCAAAAACUGCAAACGCGAGUUUCAGUUCGCCUCCAACCACAACAUCGAAAUCAUCCCUGUUAUCGUGGGUGCAACGGACGCAAUGAAGAAGGAAGUCUACUCAGGCUCCAACGCACCUAAGGACCCUAAACUCCCGUCGUGGCGCGACAGUGGCAUUGGUAUCCAGAUCUGCAACGAUCUUUAUAAGGAUGCCGUCGUCGACAAGCCCGAGGUCGCCGCCAACCGCCGCAACGAGCUCAUCGGAAUCAUCCACGAAAAGAUGGACAAGAUCAUGUCUGAGCGCCGCCGUCUCGAGGCCAACAAGAAGAAGACCUUCCAGGAGUUCAAUACCCUCUGGGAAGCCGCCGAAGUCGGCGACAUCCGCGCUCUGCAGUUCAUCGUCGGCCGCAGCCCCGACUUCAACAUCAACGAGUCCAACCCUGUCAAUGACAUGACCGCCCUUCACUACGCUGCCAAAAGCAACAACAAAGAGAUUUGCGAGUACCUGAUCCGCUUCCGCGCCAAGGUCAACCUGCGAACCAACGAAGGCAAGACUGCCAUGUUCUUGGCUGCCGAGCAGGGCCACGUCGACAUUGUCAACUUCCUCCUCAGCAAAGACGCCGACCCCGACAUUCCCGACAACUCCAGCAACACGCCCUUCUCGGUCGCCUGCCAGAACCCGCACAUUGAAGUUGCCAAGGCCCUCCUGGCCAACCCAAUGCUCAACAUCAGCGUCCGCAACAACCUCAACGAGAUGGCCAUUCAUCAUGCCUGCGCGUCUGGAGAGACCGAGAUCGUCCAGAUCCUGCUCGACCGCGGCUGCUCGCUCUACGCCAAAACUUCGACGUCGAUGACCCCGCUCCUCUGCGCCGUCGCCGAGGGACACGUCGACAUUGUCAAGCUCCUGGUCGAGCGCGGCGCCAGCCUCAAGGACCAGGAUAACAACGGUUACACUCCUCUCAUGCUAGCUGCCUUUGAAGGCCAGCUCAAGGUUGUCGAGUACCUGACCAGCAUCGGCUGCACCGUGGUCCAGGGCUUCGCCACCAACCAGGACACGGCUCUGCAUCUGGCUGCCGAUGCCGGCCACCUCGACAUUGUCAAGUUCCUGCUCGACCAUGACCGGUCGCUCGUUGAUCUUUCGGGCGAGUCUGGCUAUACCCCUGUCAUGACUGCGGCACGAACCAGCGGCCAUGUCGAUAUCGUCCGCACCUUGAUCAGCGACUACAACGCCGAUCUCGAAAAGCUCAACACCUACGGCGAGACCACCCUCCUUCGCACCCUGUACUCCAACCCCGACGUCGAGACCCUCACCGUCCUCUUGGAUGCUGGUGCCAAUGUCCACGCCAUCGACAACACGAUGUGGGAUGCUGCGCUCUGCGCUUGCCUCGAUCCCAAUAUCGAGGUCUUUAAGCUCAUCCUGGCCCGUGGCGCCAGUCUCCGGGGCAUCAACACCAAUGGCUACACCGUGUUCAACUACAGUCCCGCCCACAACAACUUCUCUGCCGAGCUGGCCAAGCUGCUGAUCGAGCAUCUGCGCCGCGAGCCCACCCUGCCUCCAGAGGAACAGAGCCCUUACACCGCCUCGAUCGAUGCUCUCCUCAACCUUUCCGCCUGCCGGAACAAGCCUCCGCUCCUGGACACUCUCGCCGCCGGAAACCUCAGCGUCAGUGAGGAGUUCAUCAACGCCGGUGCUCGUCUCGAUGUGACCGACGACGACUUCCAGUCGGCCUUCCUUGCUGCCUGCAAGGGCGGCAAUCUCGAGGCCGUCAAGCUCGUGCUCAGCAAGGGUGGCGACUGCAACGCCAUCAACGGGAGCGGCUCCAACGGGCUGCUGGAGGCCUGCAGCAACACCGAUUCCGAUCCCGUCGACCUUGUGCGCUAUCUCCUCGAGCAGGUCUAUCCGCACUACGGCUCUGGCGACUUCAAGCCCGAGAUCUUGGUCAACCGCAUCAACUACGAUGGCGAUGCCCCGCUGCACAGUGCCGCCCGCAGCCUCGGCAAGAACACCGUCCGCUACCUGCUCACCAAGGGUGCCAAUCCCAACCAGAUCAACAGCUCCGGCCAGACCCCCCUGACGCUCGUCACCCAGCGCGACUACUCGUGGGGCUCUUCGGACGACGACUCAGAGGAGGCCAACGCCAGCGUCAACGCGGCCCUCGAGAUUGUCAAACAUCUGCUGAAUGCCGGCGCCAACAUCAACCACGAGCUGCCGGAUGGAUCGACGCCGCUGCUGACUGCGCUCGGAUCGGGCCUGGACAAGGUCGCCAUCCACCUCAUGGACCACGGGGCCGCGCUCGACGCCGUCGACAACCAGGGCAACGAUGCCUUCAUGAAUGCCUGCUCCGGCUCCUCUGUCGCGACGAUGCAAAAGGUCCUUGAAUCUGGCGCGAAGCGAUGGUCUGUCAGCACCCUCCGGCUUAUGACGCCUCUCCACAUCGCGGUCGAUUCCGGUGACAUUGACACCGUCAAAUACGUCGUCGAGAACUGCCUCGAAGGCGACGCCGAGGCCCGCAGCAAGCUCAUCAACCUGCAAGACACGUAUGGAGAUACGCCUCUGACGUCGGCUGUCUCGUCCAGCUACUGGGACAUUGCCCUGUAUCUCGUCGAGAACGGGGCCGAUGUCGAACACAAGAACGCCCUUGCGUUGCAUGAGGCCGCACGCAGCGGAGAGUUGAAGCUGGUCUCGGCCAUUCUGGAGAGACGCAAGGACUGCAUCGACCGGCGCGACAACACCGCGUCGACGCCACUCUUGACGGCCGCCACCGCAGGAGUCUUGGAGGUGGUCAAACUGCUGGUCGAGGCCGGGGCCGACACGACCGUGCGUGAUCAGGACCAGAGCGACCUUUUCCUCUGCGCCUGCACCAGCGGCAACCUGGCCGUGGUCCGCUACUGUGCCGACAAGUCGGCUGACCUGUACCGCUGCACGGUUUCGGACCGCUCUGCCGUCCACAUCGCCGUGGCCGCCAACGACGCCAGCAUCGUCGAGUUUGUCACCGAAAAGCUGGCCAAGGACAACCCUGACCAGCUCAAGAAGCUCUUGGAUCAGCUUUCCGACGACGACCGCACGCCGCUGCUCCAGGCUUGCGCCGACGACAUGCCUGAUGCCGUCUUCCAUCUGCUGAAGCACGGCGCCGACCCCAACAGGGACAACUCGUCCGGCACUACGCCGCUGAUGAUGGCUGCUCAGUGCGGUAGCCUCCGCACCGUCGAGCGGCUCCUCAAGAACCCCGCCGUCGACAUUGACGUCAAGUCCGACGAAGGCUUCACCGCCCUGCACUACGCCAUCACCAGCAACAACGUCGACAUCUUUGUCAAGCUCUUUGAGGUGACGUCGCGCCCGAUCGAAAUUGAGGAGCGCACCCACAUCCUGACCUCGGCGUAUUCCAGCGGCAGCCUCCAGCUGGUCGAGCUCAUCGUGAGCAAGGAGCUCGACCCUUGGAUCCGCGACAGCGACGGCAACGGUAGUCUGGCCCUCGCCGCCCAGAGCAACUCCCUGGACCUGGUGCAGUACCUGCUCAAACGCGACAAGUCGCCCAAGGACCUGGUUCAGGAGACCAACGCCAGCGGCAUGACGCCGCUCAUGGUAGCGUGCCAGGCGAACGUCUCUGCUUCGAUCGCUCGUGCUCUCGUCGAAGCCGGCGCGGAUGUUAAUGCGACCGAUGACAACGGCAACACCCCACUUUUCCACGCCGUCUGUGCCCAAGCCUCCAUCAGCUUGAUCCGCUACCUCGUCAACGAAGCGCACGCCAACGUGCACGCCACCAACAACUCCAAGUCCACGCCGUGCCUCGAGGCCGUCAGUUAUGGCUAUGACGCAGCCGUUGUCUUUUUCCUCCACAAGGGCGCCGACGUCACCGUCCAAGACAAUGAGGGACACAGCAUGCUGGUAUACGCCUGCAGCAGCGGCAACCUCGGCCUGGUCAAGAUCCUGCUGGACCACGGCGCCCCGCUCGACCGCCUCUACACCAACGGCUACCACAGCAUCAUGGCCGUGGCCGAGACCCCGCGUCUGGAUCUGCUCAAGCUGCUGCUGUCGCACGAGGCUGCUCGUCCCUUGCUCACAAAGACGGACGCCAACAACCUGUCGCCGGUAAUCAAGGCAUCGGCUCAGUACGGCGGCAUGGCUGUCGUCGACUACCUGCUGUCGCAGGGCGCCAACCCGAACGACAGCGACACCGACGGCACCACUGUGCUCAUCUAUGCCACCCAGAAGAAGUGUCUCCCGCUCGUCCAGAAGCUCGUGAAGACCUACAACGUCGACAUCGAUGCCAAGGACAGCUAUGGAAACACGGCCCUGAUCCACGCCAUCCAGAACAACGAUCUGCUGAUCAUCCAGCUCCUGGUCGAGAGCGGCGCCAAUAUCCAGGUCCGCAACCUCGCCGGCGACGAUCCGCUCAUCACCGCCUGCCGCAGCGCCAGUCUGGCCGUGGUCAAGUUCCUGGUCGGAAGCGGCGUGCAGCUCGACGCCAAGAACAUUGACUCCGAGACCGCCCUGCUGAUUGCCGUCCGCGAGAACCAGCCCAAGGCAGCGUCGUUCCUGCUGGGCCUGGACCGGCCCGAGCUCGACUCUGUCAUCGACGGCAGCGACCGCCAGGGCAACACCCCGCUCUUCCAUACCAUCAUCAACACCAACCCGAGUCUGUACAAGCUCCUGCGCAGCAAGGGCGCCAAGCUCGACGUGCUGAGCAGCGAUGGCACAAGCAUGCUGAUCCAAGCGGUCCGGGCCAACUCGAUGGAGAUGAUCGACAUGAUUCUCGAGGACCCCGACUGCACCAACCUCAACCACCACAACAACGACGGCACCACGGCCCUCCUUGCCGCCGCCAACCUGUCUCAGCCCAACGAGCCUCUGAUCCGCCGCCUGAUCGAGAAGGGCGCUGACAUCCAUGCCCUCGACAACGACAAGCGCGGGCUGUUCUACUGGACCAGCGCCACGGGCAUCGUCUCACUCAUCAAGAUCGCCGUCGAUGCCGGUGUCGAUGUCACCCAGCGAGCGGACGCGGGCAUCACGGGCCUGCACAUGGCCGUGCAGUCCGGAAACCUUCAGGCGGUGCAGUACCUCCUCGGCAUCGACAAGGUGCGCGAAACCAUCAACGUUGCCGACGACAACGGCUCCACCGCCCUGAUCUUUGCCGCCAGCAGUCUCCCUGCCGCCGUCGAUGUGCUCCUGGAGAGCGGUGCCGAUGUCAAUGCCGUCACCUCGGCGGGCCGCACGCCCCUGAUGAUGGCCUGUGAGUCGCAGCUCCGCCUGGGCUUCAACAGCAUCCUCCGCGACAGCCGCACGGACGUCAACCACCGUGACGAGAACGGCGACAGCGCCUUGCUGAUUGCCGCCACCUGCAAGACACACAACUACUGCGAGGCCCUCCUGGAGCGCGGCGCCGAGAUCGAUAUCCGCAACAACAGCGGCAACACCGUGUUCCUGAACGCCGUCUCGUCCGGCACGAUCGAGCUGAUCCAGCUGGUCGUUGAGCGAGGCGCGCGUGUCACCGACGUGAACGAGCAGGGCGAGACCGGCCUGCUCAUCGCCGUGGGCUCGGGCAACCUGGAUGUGCUCCGGUAUGUCCUCGAGCACUGCACCAAGCACGACGCCGGGCUGAUCGACCAGGCCGACCAUGAAGGCACCACGCCGCUCAUGUCGGCCGCGGCCAACGGCAACCUGGGCGUCGUCAAGUUCCUGCUGGAGAAGGGUGCCAACGCCGGUCUGGUCAACUCCCAAGGCAAGACGGCCCUGAUGAUUGCCUGCCAGAACGGCGAGCGCGACAUUGCCGAAGUCCUCUGCCCCACGAGCAAGUCUGUGAUCGACCACUUUGACGCCAGCAACCAGUCGGCCCUCUUCUCGGCCAUCAGCGUCUCGGACCUGGGCCUGGUCAGGCUGCUUGUGACCAACGGCGCCUCGCUCGAGGCUCAGGACGCUACCGGGGUCAACCCGUUUAUGCAUGCCUGCAGCCUCGGCAACCUCUCGGUUGUGAUGUACCUCGCCAAGACCAACCCCGCCAGCGCCAACAGCAAGGUGGUCAGCCCGGAGGGCGAGACGGCUCUCCUGCGCGCUGUCAAGAACAAAUCGCUCGAUGUUGCCCAGUAUCUCAUCGACAUUGCCAGCGACGACGACCUCGCCAACCUGGUGAACCAGGGCGACCAGCACGGCGUCACGCCCUUGCUCAGUGCCGCCCAGGACGGCAGCGCCUACUUUGCCACGCUCCUGCUGGACAAGGGUGCCGACAUCAACCACGUCGACGACCAGAACGAGUCCGCGCUGCUGAAGAGUGCCGCGGCCGACUCCCUCGACAUCGUCAAGGUGCUGCUCGAGCGUGGCAUCGCCGAUAUCCACGCCCGAUCGUCCGCCACGGGCAUGACGCCCCUGUUUGCGGCCGUCUCGAGCGGCAGCUUCCACACAAUGCAUAUUUUGGUCGAGCGUGGGGCCACCAUCGACGACGUCGACAAGGACGGCAACAACCUCUUCAUGACCGCCAUCGGCUCCAACACCAUCCGGAUGGUCGAGGAAGUUGCCAAGCUGGGUGCACCCCUCAACCAACCAAACAACCUCGGCGAGACCUGCCUGAUGAAGGCCGUGGCGACCAACAUCCCGGCGAUUGUCGAGUUUGUCCUCAAGACCGUCGAGGGUCUGGAUGUGAACCACAAGACCGAGGAUGGCCGAUGCGCCAUGACCAUCGCCAAGGAGAACGAGGACGAAGCCAUCAUCGAGAUGCUGCGCGCCUUUGGAGCGCAGGACGUCGAGAUUCCAGAGCAUGCCGAUGAUGCGGAGGAUGAUGCCGUUGAUGCUGCCGAUGAUGAUGCUGCUGACGCUCCUGCCGAGGGCGCCACUGCUGAUGCUGCUGAUGCCGGUGACGCUGCUGUCGAGUGCGCCACUGCUGAUAGUGCUACUGAUGCUCCUGCUGUCGAGGGCGCCGCUGCCGAUGCCAAAGUGAUUGCCACUGGCAGCAGCGAGGACCAAGGCACAUUCGCCACUGAAGCCUAGACGCAGUAAUACUCCAACCCAUGUUGUCCGUUCCCUCCAUACGAUUCCAUGCUUGCUCUGUUUACAGCGUUCCCAAAAAUGAAAUGGGACACCCCCGUACACAACAUGAAGCGAGGCACUCAAUGUUUAUACUUGUUUGGAUGGAAGCACCCAUAUCCAUCGUUCAUAGCAACCCUCCUUG